CUGGUGCUUGCCAGUCAACCAAAUAAAAUUCGAAAAGCCUACUCUUUUAUCUAUAUUGACAAAUUGUAUACAUAUAUAAAUUAUUAUAUAUACACAUACACGAUUAGCUGAGCUCUGACAAUUUUUUUUCAAUUGCGCUGUCAACGCCAUUUUGACGAAUACGCAGCUGUAAAAUGAAAUAUUUUGCAGCAACUUUGGCGCUGCUGGCUCUGGUGGCCGUAGUCGCUGCCGGAGAGGAUGAUCCCCAUAUGCUAAGUGAUGAAUUCAUAGAGCUGGUGCGCAGCAAAGCAAAGACAUGGACGCCUGGUCGCAACUUUGAUGCAUCUGUAUCAGAGGGACAUAUACGCGGCCUAAUGGGUGUCCAUCCCGAUGCGCAUAAGUUUACGCUGCCCGAAAAGAGCCAAGUGCUCGGCAAUCUGGUGGGAGAUGACGGUGACGAUCUGCCCGAAUCGUUUGAUGCGCGUACUGCCUGGCCCAACUGCCCCACCAUUGGGGAGAUCCGUGAUCAGGGCUCAUGCGGCUCCUGUUGGGCCUUUGGUGCCGUCGAGGCGAUGUCCGAUCGUGUGUGCAUACAUUCCAAUGGCACUGUAAACUUCCAUUUCUCAGCUGAUGAUUUGGUCUCGUGUUGCCACACUUGCGGCUUUGGCUGCAAUGGCGGAUUCCCUGGCGCCGCCUGGAGUUACUGGACCCACAAGGGCAUUGUGAGCGGUGGCUCCUAUAACUCCAAUGAGGGUUGCCGUCCCUAUGAGAUCGAGCCAUGUGAGCAUCACGUGAAUGGUACACGCCCACCCUGCAAAAAUGGCAGAACCCCUUCCUGCAAACAUCAAUGCGAGUCGAGCUACUCCGUUGAUUAUGCUAAAGACAAACACUUUGGCUCCAAGUCCUACUCGAUCAGUCGCAAUCCGCGUGAAAUUCAACGCGAAAUCAUGACCAACGGACCGGUGGAAGGCGCAUUCACAGUCUAUGAGGAUUUGAUAUUGUACAAGUCGGGCGUCUACAAGCAUGUCCAUGGCAAAGAACUGGGCGGCCAUGCCAUACGCAUACUCGGCUGGGGCGUUUGGGGCGAUAGCAAAGUGCCCUACUGGCUAAUUGGCAACUCAUGGAACACCGACUGGGGAGACAACGGAUUCUUCCGCAUUGUGCGUGGCGAGGAUCAUUGCGGCAUCGAGAGCGCCAUCUCUGCUGGCCUGCCCAAGCUGUAAGCCACC